CCAGUCCAAACACUCCGACUAGUCGACCUCCCGAGCCUCUACUGCCGCUCUCUACUACAGCAUCCCCUCAACGACGAUUAUCCUAUGCUGCUCAUCCCACUCAUCGGUAUUCACUGAGGAUGUCACCCCAGAGGAAGAAGUGGCUUCAUCAGCGGGUUAUAAGUUGCCACCCUUGUGGGAGCACUCAAUGCUGUCGUCGUAAGCGCGUCCUCAAUGCGGUUGGGUCAUCUCUCUUGGACUACACAUCUGUUGCGGCAUUCGCAACAGGCUGGCAACGCUUACCUCCUGGCGGUUUCGAUGGUCGUUCUGGACACGCCCUCACUGUAUGCUGGGAUGGAAACACCGUUUAUCUUGCCGGUGGUCUCGACAGUAUGUCUCGGUCAAUGAGCGAUGUGUAUUGCAGUGUUGAUAGCGGUCGUUCAUGGGAACAUCGAGCACUAUCGGCCGAAUGGUCUCCGAGGAUGGGGCAUUGCAUGGUCUCCCUCCGAGACGACAAAGCAUUGAUCCUUCUUGGCGGAUGGGAUCGCAACUUCAACUUCAAGAACGACGUUUGGCGGUCGACCGAUGGCGGUCGCACGUGGACGGAAGUCAUUCCUGUCGAUCCGAACGGAUCAUUCCCACCGCGCUGUAAUUUCGCCUGUGCUAUUCUACACAGUGGAAGAAUUGUUGUUUGUGGAGGGCUUGGUAUGAACAACGUCCACCUCAACGACGUUUGGUGCUCUGACGACUCUGGUGGAAGUUGGCAACGCCUGUCUGCGUGCGCCCCAUGGGAACCCCGAUGGGCCAUGGGAUUCACCACCAUCAACGGCGGCCAGUCGAUGAUCAUGGUCGGUGGCACUACUAUGACGGGGUUCCUUUCUGACGUGUGGAGGUCGGACGACGGCGGAGUGUCGUGGAAAGAGAUAACGCUAGACGGAGACUUCGGUCCCCGAGGAGGAAUGGCUGUCGUUCAGCACAAUCCGAGCGGUAUGCUAGUUUUAUGUGGUGGUGAAAUAACAAUCACUCAAGGUGGCAUCGGUGAGCCGAGUAAUGAUGUCGAUCAGUGCAGUUCCGACGUUUGGAUUAGUCGAGAUGAAGGGUUCUCAUGGAUUAAGGCUUCCACUACGACCAGCGAGUCCUGUGGAUGUCUCCCACCGCUGGGUGUUUCCCAAGAUGGGCUCCCCGAGACCAUACCAAGACGUUGGCAAGCUAGAUGUCUCGUUCGAUGUGUGGCAUUACAUUCUGACCGUCUUUUGCUGGUGGGUGGAGAACUGCGAUCAGAAAAACGUGUGAAUGAUGCAUGGCUGUGUACUGGUGCUACUGACGCGGUGGCGGCUAAUGGUCAACAUCAAUGGCUGCUGCGUCUGGGAGAGUAUGUCUCGGGUGACCGGCCACCGUUAGCGAAGAGAAGGCGAUCGAUGGCGCCUACUUUGCCUUGUCUUCCCUUCCAUCUCUGGAUCGGAAAUAUAAUGCCGUAUAUUAUGGGCGACAUUUAACAUCCGUUUACUGAUUAGUGGAUGUUGUACAUGCGAAAUAUAAUUAUCAUUAUUGAUCAUAUCAUCGCAGUCCGUCAGCUGCGUCGACCGUCUGGUCUCAGCGACGUUAUUGUCGAUUAUGCUAUG